UUUUGUUUGAAGGAGGAAGAUGUCUGGUCGUGGAAAGGGCGGUAAAGGUUUGGGGAAGGGGGGAGCCAAGCGGCAUCGUAAGGUCCUCCGUGAUAACAUUCAAGGCAUUACCAAGCCUGCUAUCCGCCGUUUGGCUCGACGAGGUGGUGUGAAGCGUAUUUCAGGGUUGAUCUAUGAAGAGACACGUGGUGUGCUGAAAGUUUUCCUGGAGAAUGUAAUCCGAGAUGCUGUCACUUACACCGAGCACGCCAAGAGGAAGACCGUGACUGCUAUGGAUGUGGUCUAUGCUCUGAAGAGGCAGGGUCGUACCCUGUAUGGGUUCGGAGGUUGAAAGAAUUAGUCUUGGACUCAAACGCACAACUUAAAGGCCCUUUUAAGGGCCACACACUGGCACAUGGAAAGGGCUGUUUCCUUU